CCAAUAUGCAGUUAGUGAGUUACCCACUUCAUGAUUGAUUCCAGAAAUAGAAUAAGAUCCACCACUCCAUCAGAUAUAUUUUUGGAACAAGAAUCAUAUUUCAAGAGAUUAUUAAAAAAAAUAGACGAUAAAUACUUCACCAGUAUCACCUGAGUACAACCCCUUUUCUAUUCAUUCAUUAUUUGUUGCUAGUACACAGAGGAAUAAAGGUCUGAAACUUUUUUGGUUUAUUUCCCAAAACUUAUAUUAUUCUUAAGGGGCCAGGGGGGAAAGCUAAAUGAAGACUUACCUCUUUAUCAGGUGGAACUGGCAAUCCAUCAAAAAUCCCCAUCCUGAUCCUUUCGCAUCAACAGCUAGGUUGUAAUCAACUCAUGUGCACGUUCGAUUUCUUCUUCUGACAGUGAAUAGCUCCGCCUGGAAGAAAGAAACCAAAAGCCUAACAAUGUAACAAAUCUCAAACUAGACCCAGAAAUGAAACCCGUAGACACACCAUUCCCUAAAAGCAUUAACCAUUUAUUCACAGAAUAUGCAUCAUCCUGCGGAGGCAUUAAUCUUACACAGCCAGAAAUUUGUUUCAACCAAUUAACUGAAAAGUUAUGUUUGUUCCAGAUAUGCUGGUCAUUACUUUGUCUAAACUGCUUCUUGAAUUAGUUCAAGUAGAGUGAACAUCCUGACAAGUAUAUACUAAGCCACAUACUGCCUAGGAAGAGCGUAUGCGCAGAGAAAACAUUUCAACAGCAAACUGUGAGGGAGUAACUACUAGAACUGCAAUACUUCACAGCACCAAGAUUGAAGAACCAGCUUCGUUCUCUCAAAAACUGAAAACUAGAAGGGAACACAGUAACGAAGUCUUGCUUUCCAUUGGCCCUCACCGCCAAGACUUCUCAGAUCCAGUACGCAAUGACCAGGCACCAUCUAAUUCUCAUCCAAGAGAGAUCGAACGGCCUAAUAGAUACCAAGCGAUAGCCACAAUUGCUACGCCGGAAACAGCCAGAUAGUUAUGAUGGUAUCGGGAUUGCUGCAACCAGCAGCAUAAUUGGAAAAUUCUAAAACGGCUGCCAAUUCAGAUCAACAUGGGAACUGAGAAAGACAGCGGCGGCAAAACAAGGAGCCGGCCGUCCUCCACCGAACUUCAACGCAAUGAGAAAACGCUAACGAAUCGCGAAUUCACUAGUGAGGAGAGAUGAAAGAUUACAGUAUUCCAGGCAACUCACCUAUUCGACGAUUACAAGUGGCGGCCGUCACGUCGCCCCUGCACUGGAGAUAGUGAAGCAAUCUCGCCGGAAACAAGCAAGGAGAAGGAGACGAAGAGGAAGAGGAAGAAGAAGAAGGUUAGAAGACGACAAUGGCGAGAAACCGAGACAGACAGAGAGAGAGAGAGAGCUGAAUGUGGAGCGCGAUCCACCUCUCGGCCUGACCUGGAUUGCUGCUUUGAAUUUUCUUUUCUCCUAUUUCUAUUUUUAUUUUUACAGUAUUAUCAUUUUUCUUUCGGUCGUUUUUUCUUUGGAUUAAUUUGGAAAAAGUCUCUAGCUCUAGAGGUCGUUUUGACAAUGAAGAAAGUUCAGGGGCUGAAUUAGCAAAACAAAACAAGCUCGGUCAAUUACGUAGCAGCGAAGAGGAAAGGACUAGUCUCCGCCACCGCCUGCGUGCGUCGCCACUCAUAGCUCGGCCACCGUCUCUGGGCCUGCGACCACCGGAGGGAAAGUAACGGGAAGAUGAAUUCGGCGCCACCAACGACGGAUGAAUUUUCCUCCCUACCGCUAGAGUUCGUCGAUUUCCCUCCUCUUCCUAGCCUUUGCUCCAAUCCCAUUCCAACUCCAUCCCCAAACCCAACUUCAAGCGUCGACUCCGAUGCAUCUCCUAACCCCAACCAAUUCCUCUCCUUCUCCAUACCCAAGAAACGCCGCCGUGGCCGGCCCACUCGUUCUGCGUCCGGUGUUCCUACUUCCUUUCGAAUUCCACAGGUUCCCUUUUUACCGCGCAGCGGGGAGAGCAUUACUGGCCCUAAUCCGAAUUCCAGCUCGUUAAACCCUCCAAGGCCGCCGGUUCCCGACGUUGCUGAGGAGAUCAUCGUUAUAAACAGAGAAGCCACAGCGGAGGCGUUAACUGCACUCUCUGCUGGGUUCCCCGCCGAUUCUUUGACGGAGGAGGAAAUUGAAGCUGGCGUGCUUCCGGUGGUAGGUGGGAUUGAGCAGGUAAAUUACACGCUUAUUAGAAACCAUAUCAUUGCAAAGUGGCGAGAAAAUAUAAAUGCCUGGAUUACGAAAGAGAUGUUCCUGAAUUCUGUGCCAGCGCAUUGUCAUGGACUCUUGGAUUCUGCUUAUGAUUACUUGGUUUCCCGUGGGUACAUUAAUUUCGGCGUCUCGCAAGCCAUUAAAGAGAAAUUUCCCUCAGAGUUUGGUAAGGCAAGGGUGAUCAUCAUUGGUGCUGGGUUGGCUGGGCUGGCUGCAGCAAGGCAGUUAAUGAGGUUAGGAUUUACGGUCACAGUUUUGGAAGGAAGGAAACGGCCCGGUGGGAGAGUUUACACUAAGAAAAUGGAAUUGGAAGGGGGUGGAGCGAAUAGAGUUAGUGCUUCAGCAGAUUUAGGAGGAAGUGUGUUGACUGGAACUUUGGGUAAUCCUUUAGGAAUUCUAGCAAGACAGUUGGGGCAUAGCUUACACAAGGUGACUGAUAAGUGUCCUCUUUAUGCACCUGAUGGGAAGCCAGUUGAUCUAGAUACAGACAUGAAGGUUGAGGCAGCAUUUAAUCGAUUGUUGGAUCAGGCAAGCAGGCUGAGGCAGUUGAUGGGGGAUGUCUCUGUUGAUGUAUCGCUAGGAGCAGCCUUAGAGACCUUUAGGCAGGUAUAUGGAGAUGCUGUGAAUGAGGAGGAGAUGGGCUUGUUCAAUUGGCACUGUGCUAAUCUGGAAUAUGCCAAUGCCGGUUUAUUGUCAAAACUUUCCUUAGCAUUUUGGGAUCAGGAUGAUCCAUAUGAUAUGGGAGGGGAUCACUGUUUUGUCCCUGGGGGGAAUGGAAGGUUGGUCCACGCUUUGGCCGAGAAUGUUCCUAUCUUGUAUGAAAAGACUGUGCACACCAUCAGGUAUGGUAGUGAUGGUGUGCAGGUUGUUGCUGGGAGUCGGACUUUUGCGGGUGAUAUGGUAUUGUGUACAAUACCUCUUGGGGUUCUGAAGAGUGGGUCGGUAAAGUUUGUUCCAGAAUUGCCACAGAGGAAGCUUGAUGGAAUAAAGAGGUUGGGGUACGGAUUGUUGAACAAGGUUGCAAUGCUUUUCCCUUAUGUGUUUUGGGAAAAUGAUCUUGAUACAUUUGGGCAUUUGACUGAUCAUUCAAGCAGACGAGGAGAGUUCUUCUUGUUCUACAGCUAUGCCACUGUUUCUGGCGGACCACUCUUGCUUGCACUAGUAGCAGGAGAAGCUGCCCUAAAGUUCGAGAGUAUGCCUCCAGUGGAUGCUGUGUCUCGUGUUCUUCAGAUUCUAAAAGGUAUUUAUGAACCACGAGGAAUCAAUGUCCCAGAGCCUAUACAAACUGUAUGUACAAGAUGGGGUAGUGAUUCCUUAUCUCUGGGGUCUUAUUCCAAUGUGGCUGUUGGAGCAUCCGGAGAUGAUUAUGAUAUAUUGGCAGAAAGUGUGGGAGACGGAAGACUUUUCUUUGCUGGGGAAGCCACUACUAGGCGGUACCCUGCGACUAUGCAUGGAGCUUUUCUUACUGGCUUGCGGGAAGCUGCUAAUAUUGCGAACUUUGCUAGUGCUAGAUCCUCAAGGAUUAAGCUUAAUCGUACCCCCUUUAAGAACUCUCAUGCCUGUGCUUCACUUCUAGCAGAUUUAUUUAGGGAGCCUGAUCUAGAAUUUGGUAGUUUUGCUGUUAUAUUUGCUCGAAAUGAUUCGGAUCCCAAGUCAGCAGCAAUUUUGAGGGUUGCAUUAAGUGACCCUCAGAAGAGGAGUCGUGAAGGUGCUAGGCCGGAUCUACAGCAUUCCAAUAAGUUACUCUUUAAGCAGCUGCAGUCACACUUUAACCAGCAACAAGAGCUUCAUGUGUACACCUUAUUAUCAAAACAACAGGCACUUGAGCUGAGAGAGGUCAGAGGAGGUGAUGAUGUGCGGUUGAGUUACCUGGAUGAGAAACUUGGGGUAAAGCUAAUUGGAAGAAAAGGUUUGGGGCCUACAGCUGAUUCUCUCAUUUCUUCCAUCAAAGCCGAGAGGGGCAGUCGCAAGGCAGCUUCUACUUGUUUAACUCUAAAACCAGGAGGAACUUCCAAGCUGAAAACGGGUACUUUAAAGCGAAAAUUGGUCAGGAGGGCGAAAAUAGUGAGCAACAGUAAGUUGGCACGCCCCUUCAAUUCCAACAUGGUAAGAGUAAAAGUUUCUGAAGGAAUGAAGGCAACGAAUCAUGCUCCUUGUGAAAUCGGUAUAGAGGAUAAUAGUAACACCUGAAUUGCAUGGGACAAGACCAAGUGGCAUGUUGAAGGCACCUUACAGCUGAGGUAAGAAAUCCUAUACUGCUACCAACAUUUGUCUUACAGAUCUCUGUCUGGUACUUGCUAAUACUGAUUGAGAAUCUCUAAUGGGUGAUGGUGCUUUCUGUACCCUCUUUCCCUCUCUGUGGACAUGUUCUGAUCAUUGAUUACACUAUAAAUCAGUCAUCACAUUUCGAGACGUGGAUUAUUACUUUACUGGGACUUAUUUUGACAAUCGAGCAGGUCCAGUCCGUGGAUCUGUCACCGGAGAGCAAUACUGCAACAGAUCCUAGCGCCUCUUGAAUCUGUCAACUAGCAGAUAUCAGGAUCUUCACUGGACUCGAACAAUUGAAGGAAGUUGUGGAAUACAGUGGUAGUGGGAUAUAUGGUUGGAAAUGGAAAUUCCUUGGAGCUGCUCCAGAAGUAACUCCUGGUGAAGUCCAACUAUGGAGGAGACUGUAACUGAUUAUGUACCAGUUGAGUCUCUAUCGAUGCUCAUUGUGGAUGCAGAGAGAGACAUUAUGAUGAUUUGGGCGGACCUCCACCGAGGAUUCGACAUUGAUGAGGUCCAACGAUUGGUCAGACGAGUUCUUAGCUCAAUGAUGAGUUGCAACUUGCAACAUCUGCUGGUGUUGAAGGUUUACUGGUUGCGAUUCACAUUCUCAUGUGGCGAUGCAACACUUGAACGUAGGGAUACAACUUCUGAAGACAUAGCAACCAAACUAGUUUGUGUUUCAAUAGCUAGUUGUAAGUGUUGCCUACUUAGUAUUGUAGCUCACAUUAUGAUACACAUAUUUCUUCAUACUUGUACUUGCGAUGAUUGAUAUUAUUACUGACAUAAAUAUGAGUAUAUUUUUAGGGUCAAUGACAAAAAUAAUAGUUUCUGCAAAAAUAUUACUGAAAUUAAUACAAAAAAAAAAGUCUCAUUUUGAUCAUAGACAUCCAAGAAGGUUCAAAAUCAAAAGUCGGAAAAAGUGCAACAAUCACGUGCGCGAUAGUCAACCAGUAGACGAACAAUGAAUAAGAGACUUUUUU